CAAGUCGGUCAGACAAACUACGGCUUUGCCAACUCUGUCGCGGAGCGCCUGUGUGAGCGAAGGGUCGCCGACGGGCUUUCCGGCUUGGCCAUCCAGUGGGGCCCUAUUGGAGAAGUUGGCGCGUUCCACGAAAGUAUGCACACGGAAACGCAAUUUUUCGGACUUAUGCCACAGCCGAUAAAUUCCUGUUUGGCUGUUAUGGACUACUUCCUCAGUCAAAAACAGCCCGUCGUCUCCUGCUUCGUGAAGAGUACGAAGUCAUCAACACAAGACAGCGGCGAGAAGCGAAAUCUUGUUGAGAGCGUGGCUCGCAUUCUUGGCGUCAAAGAUCCGUCCAAACUGAACUCGUCCAUCAGCCUCGGUGAGUUAGGCAUUGACUCCUUGAUGGGCAUCGAAGUGAAGCAACUGCUGGAGCGAGAAUACGACGUGACUCUGUCCAUGCAAGAAACUCGGCAGCUCACCGUCAGUCAGAUAAAAGAGAUCGGUGAAGCAAGCCAGCGUCAACCACCAGCGCUUGAAGCAUCAGCUCUGGUUGAUGUAGAAGAACUGGAUCAAACUGUUUCAAGUCCAGAAGACAGAUGGGUUAUCUAAUAUCACCCCCCAACCAGGUGCGAGCCCCACCAGGAAACCAUCAGGAACCGACUGGUGCACCAACCGAGGUCAUCCACCUAAUGAUGUUCAUCACAUAUGCUGAACAUUAUGAAUACGCCAAUAUUUUACGACAUAAACUAGCCACGAAACAAAUAAAUCCUUUCUGCAACCAUUCUCGAAC